UUGAUUCCGGUCUGGUAUCUGCGGCUGCGCCCCAACCUCCCGGUGUACGGUUGUGGCAUGUCCGCCGUGUUUGUGAAAUUUCGGUCUGUUUCAGUAAAGAUGGAGUUGGUCUGAAUAACAGACACCCUGCCGCCAACGGGCAGCUGUCCGGGGCGACAGACUUAAUCACUGACGGGCUGGUUUACUGUAUAAAUCUGAUCAGCUGGACUAUAGAUUGAAAGUGAUUUCUGAUACAUUUUACAACCACCCUUUUUGCCCUUGAAAUAGAAUCAGCAUUUGCAGUAGUUCAGCGAGGAACAUGGAGGAAAGAAAAGCUGCAGGAUUCUGAUCAUUUAAUAUGAGGGUUAUUAGGAGUGAAAUUCCUGACUGCUGAAACAUGGACGAGGAAACAUUGAAGAGUGCACUGGUAUUCUUCCAGAGUGACAGGCCUUCAUAUGGAGAGUUUCGUAAAGGUCGAAAACCUGAUUACUUAUGGAAAUCAGAUUGGAGUUACUCUCAGUUUUUCAGGGAUUUUCUGCUUCCUAAUUUCCCAUGCAUACUGUCGCCCGAGUUUACGGAAGGCUGGAGGAGCAGGCAAGAGUGGGUGAAAGGGGAUGGCAAGCCUGACUUUGAGCACUUGCUGAAACAUUUUGGAGAUUUUAUCGUCCCUGUGGCCAACUGUGAUGUGAAGGAAUACAAUGCAAAUCCAAAGCACAACAUCCCACUAAGGGACUACCUCAAUUACUGGAGAGAACACAGGGAGAGUGGCUAUUCAUCUCCACAGGGCUGCUUGUACAUGAAAGACUGGCACAUGCACAGGGUUUUUCCUGAUCAUGGGGUAUACAGUACUCCUCUCUUCUUCCAGUCUGACUGGCUGAAUGAAUACUGGGACUCUAUUCAAUUGGACGAUUAUCGUUUUGUUUACAUGGGCCCCAAAGGAUCAUGGACACCAUUUCAUGCUGAUGUAUUCCGAUCAUACAGCUGGUCAGCCAACAUCUGUGGGCGGAAGAAGUGGCUGCUGUUCCCACCUGGUGAAGAGGAACAUUUGAAGGACCGCAGUGGUAACCUUGCUUAUGAUGUCCAGUCUACAGUUCUGCAGGACAAGGAUCAUUAUCCAAAAUACAGCCAGUGCAGUCAACCCAUUGAAGUGGUGCAGAGUGUUGGAGAGGUCAUCUUUGUUCCAAGUGGAUGGUACCAUCAAGUUUACAAUCUGGAGGACACCAUCUCCAUCAAUCACAACUGGCUGAACGGCUGCAGCAUAGACAUCAUGUGGCAAUUCCUCCAGCAGGAGCUGAAGGCAGUCCAGGAAGAGAUCAGAGAGUGGGAGAACCAUAUGGAGGGUUGGAAUCAACAUUGUCAGUUGCUGUUGAAAUCGUGCACUGGAAUCAACUACCAUGAAUUCUACACCUUUCUGAAAAUAAUAGCGAGAAAUAGAAUAGCAGUAUUAGAGGCUACGUCAGGAGACUCAGCAGCCUGCCACAGUACAUUUCCUGCAGAACUAUCCACUCUCGGACUGUGUCACUCAGUGUUCGAUUUACACCGGACUGAAGAUGUGCUGACUUCAGUGCUUACCAAUGAGAACUUCAAUAUACUAGACUCAGACUUGUUGGAUCCUCGUCCAGAGGACCUGCUGGAUGAGAUUAAAGAAAUAAAGGAUGCUGUCUCGUCAUAAUAUUCUACUUGAAUUCCUUAUAAACCAAGCUACAUGGCAACUCCUUAUCUUCGGUUAAGGGAUUCCAAAGUGCAUUCUGGAAUUGAAAGGGAAAAGAAUUAAGCAACCGGGGUCACUUUUGCUGCUUAGCCUGAUGCAAACUGUGCUGCAAAGGAUAAAGAAUACACAUAACAAUAGUUCAGUGACAUUCAGUAUAAAUCUAGGAGUUCAAAUUCCAUGCUGGUUUGGGAAUAAAAGUCCAGAAAUGGAAACCUAAAACCACCCAAAGUAACCAUUCAUCUCUUGGAUCAUCAGGAAACAGAACAGAGUAGAUUUUCUCUGGGAAAUAAGACCCACUGUCUUUACCCAGUGUCCUAUGUAAUUCUUAAAUUACUAAAGCAUGGUACAAACACAUUUACAACAUGAGGUAUGUAGUUAAAUGAGAAAAAAAAAGUCAAGGCUCGGCUCUGCUGCAUCUGAACAGUUGAGUAGAUUGUCAUAUCUCCCUGCUGCAACAAAACAUGAAAUGUACACAAGGUACUAGAGAGAGCAGCUAGAUUGUAUACCAAACACAUCAGCACCAUUGGGAUCAGAAAAAAACUAGGGCACUAAGUACAAUCUUGUACAUAAAGGAGGUUAGAAAUGAAAACUCUCCAAAAUAUCUGCAGUUAUUUAAAUCAAGAAACUUGUCUUGAAAGAUGAUUAAAACUAUAUUUAAAACAAUUCUGUUUCAUCAUGAAACAUUCAUAUUAUUUAAUAUACUUAUUUUCUACGCUGAAGGAUGGGGCUAACUGCAGCUGCCUUUGGCCCCAGAGGAAAAGCUCUCUGAGGGGUGUGGUUUGAAAACAGUUCUUGGACCCCGUUGCUAUAGUUGGGAGCACAGUAAAUAGAGAGUGUAUACUGUGCUCAGUUCAGCGAAAUUAGAAAAACACCAACUAUCUCUGGUAUUGACGGCAGAUUGGAAUGUGGAGAUGAGACCACAUCAAAUCAGCAGUGAUAUGUUGAAUGGCAGUGCAGACUAGAGGAAUUAAAAGAUCUGCUGCUGCUCCCAAUUUAUCUGUUUAUCUUAAGAACCUGCAGUCGGGCUUCUUCAGCUCUGCAUUAAGACUGACAAUUUGAGCAAAAGAUGGCAAUUGGUCUCAUGCAUUGUCACACAGUGUCUCUACAGUACGUACUAGAGACAGACACUAACACACAGUCACAGUAUCUUGUGCUGGAUCAUAAACAUGCAUCACAUUUGGUCUUCAGGUGGUGUGACUGCGAGUUGGCCCUCAGAAUUGUCAGCAGAAAAGGACUGUUGCUCAAUAGCAAUUAAAAGAGAGUGCAGCACACAAAUGUAAUUUUACUGGAGUGUAACACAAGAAUACUUCCUGUGCGAGACUGAUAUUCUUGGGAGCAGUGAAAAAGCUUUUGUAAUUGGAAUAACAGAGCACCUAAGUCUUGAAUGUUAUUGAAAGAAGUUGCAUAGAAGAGCCCCAGAGACAUUUAUAAAGGGAAGACAUGAGAGAAAUAAGACUUGUCCCGAGAGAGCAUUGUAUAUCUAGAUUACAGAUGGCUCUCAAGGAUGUUGACAAAACAUUGAAAUCAGAAAAAAUAGGC